AUGUCGGCACAAAUAUCCUCCAGCCAGCCGCCGGUCACCGCUGAAGGCUCAAGCGCCCAUGCAGCGACGAUUUCUUCACCAGCCAAUCCCCGCAAGCGUCGUGCCUCGAACACUGCUGGCUCACCUUCUACCGCGUUGACCGCUACAUCCACAGCCCCCGAAGCCGCGAUGGCUACCGGGCCUUCAGAACCACCAGAGCCAGCAACAAAAAAGAAAGGCAGGACUAACACACCGUGGACGCCGGAAGAGGAGCAGAAGCUGCAGCAGAUGCGAGGAGAGAACAAAGGUUGGAGUGAGAUCGCCAAGUCAUUUCCCACGAGAACGGAGGGUAGCGUCAAGAAGCAUUGGUACAAAGACAUGCAUUAUGCCGAGUUCAAUGAAGAAGAGGUCUCCCUGCUACGGGAAGCGAUCAGAGAGUACGAGGCAAGCAAGUGGAAAACGAUUGGGCAGAAGGUUGGGAAGCCUGCGAAGGAUAUCAUGGACCCGGUGCAAUCGCCUUCCGAAGUUAGAAAGGCGAAAGCGGCUGUAUCACUGUCCGCAGAGGGGGUGAAGCACCAACAGCAUGACAACGGAACAAGGCCAAGACCCAAAUCCAGGGCCCGGGCGUUCGAGGAGACGCUUGUGAAGUACAACUUCGAGGUCAGAGGCAUACAACGUGUAGAAGAGCAGGAAAAAGUCCAGAUCUGUUGGCUAGCGUAUCUGCAAGUCUUUGGGCUGUGGUUAUCCGUCAACCUUGCCCCAAACAACAUCACGCUGGGCAUGCUUGGUCCUGCCAUUUUCGAAUUGAGCUUCCGGGAUGCUGCCCUCUGCGCAGUUUUCGGAGCUGUCAUCGGUAGCGUACCAGUGGCCUGGAUCGCCACUUGGGGUCCUUUGUCCGGCCUCCGUUCAAUGGUGUUCGGCCGUUAUGCAAUGGGUUGGUGGCCAAGCAAGCUCAUCGUGGUCUUGAACAUCAUGCUCAUGCUCGGCUAUUCCAUCCUGGUCUGUAUCAUUGGAGGCCAGAUCUUCUCAGCAGUCUCUCCGAACGGGAGCAUGUCGGUCGUUGUUGGAAUCAUCGUGGUCGCCGUGAUCUGCUGGGUGAUUACCAUCUUUGGCAUAUCCAUCAUCCAUUACUACGAACGCUUCGCCUUUCUUCCCCAACUCAUUGUCAACAGCAUACUCUUCGGCGUAGCAGCAAAGCACUUUGACCUCACUACUCCAUCCGCUGGCGACGUAGCUACCAUAAGAGGCAACCGCCUCUCUUUUCUCUCCCUGUGUCUCAGCGCCGCGAUCACCUACGCCGGCUUGGCAGGCGACUAUUUCGUCUAUUGGAGCACUGGGGCAUCGCGCCCACUCAUCUUCUUAGCCACCUUAGCAGGUCUCUCGCUGUCUUUUACCUUCGCCCUUGUCCCUGGCAUCGCCCUCGCCUCUGGCAUUGCCACCUACCAACCCUACAGCGAUGCCUGGAACGGCUCCCAGGGCGGAUCCGGCUCUGGCGCUUUGUUGGUGGCCGGCUUCGAAUCUCUAGGCAGAUUCGGCGGGUUCUGCGCCGUCAUCGUCGCGUUAGGCGGUAUUGCCAACACCAUUCCACCCACUUAUUCCAGCGGGAUUGACUUUCAAACCCUCGGACGACAGUUUGAGCGCAUCCCACGAGUCUUUUGGAACACAUUAGGGGUCAUCAUCUACGCCGUCUGCGCUCUGGCCGGUCGCAACUCCUUGGCCGUGAUCUUCACCAAUUUCUUGGCUCUUAUGGGCUACUGGGUCGCUAUCUGGGUCGCCAUUCUGGUUGAGGAAUAUCUCUUCCGCCAUGGCAGCCAAGGCUAUAAUUGGGCCGUGUGGGACACAAGGGAGAAGCUGCCAUUAGGGAUUGCCGCCAUCACAGCGUUCCUUGUCGGCUGGGUAGGAGCUAUCCUCUGUAUGGCACAGGUUUGGUAUAUUGGUCCUAUUGCACGACUGGUGGGAAGUCAUGGCGCGGAUAUGGGGAAUUAUGUUGGCUUCUCCUGGGCGGCUCUGGUGUACCCGCCACUGAGAUGGUGGGAAAUUAGGAAGUAUGGACGAUGA